AUGGGCGACAAUUUUGAAACAUCAAACGAUGGAGGAAAUAUUUCCGGGCCGAAGAAGCAGAUUAUUCUGAAUGCUUUUGUCAUGAAUACUCCGGGCCAUUUGGCACCUGGGCUCUGGAAACACCCAGGGAACAAGACCGACCAGUACAAGAAACUCUCCUUUUGGACAGACCUUGCUCAGUUGCUAGAUAAAGCAAACUUCCAUGCGAUGUUUAUUGCAGACACACUGGGCCCUUACGAUGUGUACAAGGGCCCGGCCAAUGUGGUUCCUGCACUGGCAUCGGGUGCGCAGUUUCCAGUCAACGACCCACUAUAUCUAGUCCCAGCAAUGGCAGCCGUGACAAAAAAUCUCAUAUUUGGGGUCACUGCUAGUUUGACUUACGAGAAGCCCUAUGCGCUCGCUCGCCGACUCACCACUGUCGACCAUCUUAGUGAAGGCCGCGUCGCAUGGAAUAUCGUCACAUCCUAUCUGGAUAGCGCUGCACGAAACCAUGGGUUGAAAGACCAAAUUCCCCACGAUGAGAGAUAUGCAAUCGCUCAUGAAUAUAUGGAAGUGGUCUACAAGCUCUGGGAAGGAAGUUUUCGAGACGAUGCUGUGCUUGCCGACCGUCAACUCGGUACAUACAUCGCCAGCGACGCUGUGCUUCCAAUUAAUCACAAGGGUAAAUAUUUCGAGGUUCCUGGUCCGCACUUCUGUGAGCCAUCACCCCAAAGAACACCAUUUUUGUUCCAAGCUGGGGUCUCCGAGGCGGGUAAUGGGUUUGGAGGCAAGCAUGGAGAGGCGAUUUUCAUCGGCGGCCAAACUCCAGAGACUACUCGUGCGACCGUGGAGAAUAUUCGAAAAAUUGCUCAGCAGGAAGGUCGCAAUCCAAAUCACCUGAAGAUUAUUGUGGGAAUCAAUGUGAUUAUCGCCGCAACGGACGCGGAAGCAGAAGCGAAACGAGAGGAGUAUUUGCAGUAUGCAGAUUCGGAGGGUGCCCUGGCGCUGUUUGGCGGAUGGACUGGUAUCGACUUGUCGGGUUAUUCGGACGAUGAGGAUUUCCGCUUCGCAGACUCGCCACGAGUUCAAUCUAUCGUGCGCAGAUGGUCUGCAACCGUUCCCGGUACAGAUAGUCUGCCGUGGACGAAGAAACGCAUCGUGGAAUACAUCAGUGUUGGUGGGCUCCAGGCCAAGGUAAUUGGUAGCCCCACAACGGUCGCAGACGAAUUAGAGCGAUGGGUUGAAGUAUCUGGAGUUGAUGGAUUCAAUCUCGCCCAUAUUGCGAAUCCUGGAACAUUUGAAGACAUCAUCGAGUUUCUGCUCCCUGAACUACGACGACGAGGUCGUUUCCGGUCAGAGGUGGAGCAUGAGGGAGCGACUGCACGAGAAGUUUUUAUUGGAUCCAAACGGCUGCCAGAGGAUCAUCCAGGCAGCAAAUACAAGUGGCGAACCGGGGAAAAGAUUCCCAAAUAUCUGCAGGGAGACGGGUUUGGUGAAGGAAACGAUGGGCCUUCGCACUAG